AUGGGUGCGGAUUAUGUACGCACGGCUCCAUUACAUCAGCUACAGAACAUAGCACAAAUGUCACGUCCGGAACCAUUCCGGAUUUUAUUCUUUUGUGACUAUCUUCUGCUUUGUUUCUCUGAAAUCACAGCAGAUCAGCCGGUGUUUUGUGCGUAUGUAUGUGGACGAAUUGAGCGUGGUCGUUGUCGUAGACGUGGACUACACCCCAAUCUUCAUCUACUCGUGCUGAGACCUCAACAUCGUGAAUUUUGUCAUAGCCUUCUUGCUGCCAAUUUACAGACGGAUCGUGUUUACAUUUUCGCGCCUACCACGAAAUGUCUUAGUCAACACAACGAACAGUCAGCCAUGCAACGCUAA